AUGACCUCUACUGUAAGUCAACCGCCAUACUAUGAAAAUCAUGGCUUUCAGCCAGAAAAUGUCUGUUCUGCCAGGCAGCCAGUAAAUGCUAACCCAGACCCAAAGUACUUCUCAACAAAUGCUCCGUCAGCGCCAAGCUGUGAUCCAACGGUUGCUACCCAUCAGUCGAGUGGGCCAGUAGCAUGUUCAUCUGGGAGAACAUGUGCACCAAAUGUAAAGAAAACCAUAGUCAUUAUAUUAUCCAUUUUGCUAGUAAUUUGUUGUGCAAUUACUGCUUAUUUCAUCUGGUAUUUUGUACAGAAUCGUUGUGUCACCUCCAGCUCCUUAAUAGAGUGUGGAUCUUCAGGAGUGUGCCUGCCACCCUCGCAGUGGUGUGAUGGAGUGAUCCACUGCCCCAACGGGGAGGACGAAUCCCGGUGUGUUAGACUUUUUGGACCAAACUUUAUCCUGGAAGUUUAUUCACCUGUCAGCAAAUCCUGGUAUCCUGUUUGCCAAGAUGACUGGAAUGACAAUUAUGGGAAGAUUGCAUGCAAAGACAUGGGAUACAGUGUAGAUACGUAUUACUACAGUCGAGGAGUAGCAACUGAAGUCAGCUUUAAAAGCUUCAUGAAGCUGAACACAAGUGCUGGGAAUAUAGACUUGUACAAAAAGCUGUAUAGCAGUAAUUCCUGUGCAUCAGGAAAUGUGGUUUCUCUGCGCUGCAUAGAGUGCGGCCUGUCCACUAAAAAUGUGAACAUUAUGAACAGAAUCGUGGGUGGCAGCGGGGCGGUGCUGGGGCAGUGGCCGUGGCAGGUCAGCCUCCAUGUGCAGGGCACCCAUGUCUGCGGGGGCUCCAUCAUCACCCACCAGUGGAUAGUGACGGCGGCACACUGCGUGGAAGGACAAUUUUCUGACCCAUACAGUUGGAGGGUUUAUGCUGGGAUUCUGAAUCAGCAUGAGAUGCUCCUAGGAAAUGGACAUAGAGUGCAACAGAUAAUUUCCCAUCCGGCUUAUGAUACAGAUUCUAAAGACAAUGAUGUUGCCCUUAUGAAGUUAGAGACACCACUGCGUUUUACUGAUACUGUACGGCCAGUUUGUCUGCCUAAUCCAGGAAUGAUGUUCCAGCCCAAUCAGCAGUGCUGGAUAUCUGGGUGGGGAGCAGAGUACCAAGGAGGUAAAACAUCAAAUAACUUGAAUUAUGCUAUGGUGUCCUUAAUAGAACGUUCUAGGUGUAAUUCUAUCUAUAUAUAUAACGACAUGAUUUUGCCUACAAUGAUCUGUGCUGGAUAUCUAAGAGGAGGAAUUGAUUCCUGUCAGGGUGACAGUGGAGGUCCGCUAGUAACUAACAAAAACUCCGUGUGGUGGCUGGUAGGAGAUACCAGCUGGGGAACUGGCUGUGCUAGUCCCAAUAGACCUGGAGUGUAUGGGAAUAUGACCGUGUUUACAGAUUGGAUUUAUAAAAAUAUGCAGGCAAACAGAUGA